UCAAGUUGUUCAUAUUUACAAAUAACUUAGACAAAUUACAAUCAAUUGUUCUGUUAAGAAUUAUUUUAGUUUUUAAACAUGAGAUGUGAACUGCCAGUUCUUAUAAAAUGCUGUUUCUGUGUACCCCUGCGGAAAGGACUACUUAUUUGGGCGUAUGUAAAAAUGAUAAUAAAUAUAUGUCUUAUCAUACCCUACUGUAUAUUCCUUCACGAUCAUCUAUAUAGAAAUAAAAAUGGAAAUUAUAGGUUUGAUUUGAUAAUGGUGUUUGCACUUGUAUUUGGCCUUGCUAUUGAUGUUAUUUUUCAAAUAAUUUUUAUUUGGGGUGCCCAUAAGAAGGACUACCCAUUUAUCAGAAUGUACUACAGGUACAGCGCUGUCAUACUUGUGCUGAUGAUUCUGUACCUUAUAACAUACGUUACACAUUUUUUUAUGGUCGCAGGAAUGCUUCUCAUGUUUAUACUACCAUUUUUCAUUGCAAUUUUAUCAGUACAGUUUAUUUAUAUAUUUCUUCAAUUUUACCUGAUGGUUCUGGUGAGGAGCGAGUACAAGAAACUGAAGAAUAACUCGCAAUUCCAAUUUGUGAACAGAUGUACCGAAGAACCAAAGUGUAUUGCACAUUUAGAGACUGAUAAUGUGACAGAGGUUAUGGAAAAUGGAUCUGACGCUCAUGUGGAAGUAUAAAUCGAUAUCACGGCUUGGAUGCUAUAACUCAAUCUUAUCAUAGUUUUAUAAUUAUUAGCGGUGUCAAAUAUAUUUUUAUACAUGUA